GCAGGCAGGCAGGCGGGCGGGCAGGAUCCCCUCCGGGCACGCAGCGUUCCUUUAAGGCGGCCGCAGCCCCCCCCGCGUCCUGCGGAGUUAUGUCGGUGUCCCCCGUGAAGAGGCAGAAGAUGGAGUCGGCGCUGGAGCAGCUGAAGCACCACACCACGGUGGUGGCCGACACCGGGGAUUUCAACGCAAUCGAUGAGUACAAACCCCUGGAUGCCACCACGAACCCAUCUCUGAUCCUGGCCGCCGCUCAGAUGCCUGCAUACCAGAAACUUGUGGAUGAUGCGGUUGCAUAUGGGAAGAAACUGGGGGGGUCAGAAGAUGAGCAAAUCCAAAAUGCCUGUGACAAACUCUUUGUAUUGUUUGGAGCUGAAAUACUGAAGAGGAUACCUGGCCGUGUGUCCACAGAAGUAGAUGCAAGGUUGUCUUUUGAUAAAGAAGGAAUGAUUCAGAGGGCCAGGCGUCUGAUUGACCUUUAUAAGGAAGUAGGAAUUGGUAAAGAUCGGAUUCUCAUAAAGCUUUCUUCAACAUGGGAAGGAAUCCAGGCUGGCAAGGUUCUGGAAGCAGAGUACGGGAUUCAUUGCAACAUGACCUUGCUGUUCUCCUUUGCUCAGGCAGUCGCCUGUGCUGAAGCUGGGGUUACUCUGAUCUCCCCAUUUGUAGGACGCAUCCUGGAUUGGCAUGUUGCUAACGGAGAUAAGAAAACCUACGAGCCUUCAGAAGAUCCAGGAGUGAAGAGCGUCACUAAGAUCUAUAAUUACUACAAAAAGUUUGGCUACAAAACCAUUGUGAUGGGUGCUUCAUUUCGAAAUACAGGAGAAAUCAAAGCUCUUACAGGCUGUGACUAUCUCACUAUUUCACCCAAGCUCUUGGCAGAGCUCAGCAAAGAGCACGUCAAGCUAACUCCCACGCUCAGCGUUAAGGAGGCUCAGGCCUGUGACCUCGAGAAGAUCCACCUGGAUGAGAAGGCAUUCCGCUGGCACCACAACGAAGACCAAAUGGCUGUGGAGAAGCUGUCUGAUGGGAUCAGAAAGUUUGCUGCAGAUGCAAUAAAAUUGGAGAGGAUGUUAAAGGAGCGAAUGUUCGGCACUGAGAAUGGGAAGUAAAAGAGGCAGAGUUCUCCUGACUGCUCAAGGCUGAAUGAGUGGAUCACCUGAAAUUAAACGGAUGUACAAAUGUCUUACCUGUAAAAGUCUUAUGCUGUGUAUGCAUAGAUUUCUGUAUCAUGCUUUUUUAAAAAAAACAAUUUGCAAAGGGACAAAACUUCAUUGUUUUUGUGGCACUUUGUUAAUACAUGCAAAUUAACACA